UCGAAUCACAGUCCAUCGUACCAAGCGUUGUGCCAGCAUCACUGUCGCACCAAAACGUCUUUGCUGACCCGCUGCAAGACGCAAAUCCGGCCGCAACAAGCUACAUCCCUAGCUUAUGCGGGAUACGCAGUCGUUACAACGGGGUUCCGGUCACAAUCCACUGGCUCUCGUCCGUCAUCUAGUCCGGCAGCGCAGCCGAAACAAGACGCAGCAUAUGACAUGAUCUACGCAGCCAACCAACCCGCUGACUUGCCCGAGCGAGUGAACAGACUCUCUCCUCCAUGGCAAAUCAACACUGCAAGGAAGAGUGUCACGCGCAUCUUCACAUUUACCAGUUUCGCAAAGGCUUGGCGGUUCAUGUCACUCGUUGCAGAUGAGUGCAAGAUCAAGAAGCAUCAUCCGAGUUGGUCGAACAUGUAUAAUACAGUGUCGGUUGAGUGGACUACGCAUAAGCCCGAGGGACUGAGUAUCAAGGAUGUGGACAUGGCGGAAUUCUGUGACCGGAAGGCGGCGGAGAUUGGAUUGAAAGAACCGGAGGUUUGAAGUGUUUGAAGAUCGCGAUUAAUCGUCGAUCGGGUAAUAGUAAUGCUUCUGUCCAGUGUAAUGCAGCUGCCAAAUCAGACCGCUAGCGCGUAGUCUUUAGUAAGAUACUCGGUCUCGCCCCUUGGGGAUAUCAAAGCUCCGCAUCUUUCUCC